AUGCAACCUUCCCCACAUCCUACUGACGGUAAUAGCGCAAGAGGUCCUCGUCCUACGUUAAUUGCCUGGGAACAAGUUCGUAGAGAUAUUCGGGCGUACCGUAACUUCAUACAGCCUUCGAACAUUGUUAAUAUAAAAGAGUUUUGCUUCGACGACACAAACAAUUGUGUAUACUUCUUAGCUACGGAUCCUGCUCGAUUUAAGAGCUCGACUUUGUUUGUAGUCGACCUGCCAAAAGUCAAGAGGAGUGAUGGAAAAGUGGAAUACAGUGGAGACAUGAAGGAUGAGCGGAAAGCACCCAUGAGUGAAAAGCGAAAUAAGAAUUCAAAAUCUGAUGGUGAAUUAUCAGAAUGGCGACCACUUUUACCCGAGCCGUGGUUGCAAGAGAAUUCCGCUUCAGAGACACUAUCGAGAGAGGAAUUACUUUCAAAGGAAAGAAGAAGAUUGGCGCUUCAAGGGAUCGCGAAUUACCAGUUUGAGAAAAAUAGUGGACAAAUAUUGUUCAACUAUGGGAAUGGGGUUUACGUUGGCCGAGUUGAGCGAAUUGAUAAGACAAUCAACUUCACACCCCGAGCGAUUACCACUCAGACCUUGAGCAACUUUCUCGCAGACGCAAUCCUGUCUCUCCCAUUUCGUUUAUCAUCACACUGCCUACACUCACCUUCACCUAUAUCCAACCCAAACCCGUCAUUCUUCUCACCCCAAGUCUCAUCCGCCUUUCCCUCAACUGCUUCACCAUCCUCUUACUCUCCCAGUUCUUCAUCUAAUUCCUCUUCUCACCACUCUUCGCACACAUCUUCGCCUUCCCCCACUCCAUCUGGUUCGCCGCUGAUGACGACAACGGCGACAAAGUCAACAAUUUUGGGCUAUUCACUCCCGCGACUCGAUCCAAAGUUGGGCGGAAGGAACGCUAAUCUUAUUGCUUUCAUACGGGAUAGGGAUAUAUGGGUUACGACAAUGAAAGGGUAUGAAACUAGGCUGACUUUUUGUAGUGAGAAUCCAGAUGCAAGAAGAGAAGCCUUGAGUUGUGGGAUUGCCGAGUAUGUCAUGCAGGAAGAAUUUCACAGAUUUACCGGCUACUAUUGGGCACCACCAUCGGUAAAUGAGUACUUAAAUGACAAGAUAGAACGCAUUCUUUAUAUACAAAUAUCGGAAGCGGCGGUUGGUCUAGUUCUCAUUCCUCGACCAGGAUCGCAUGGAGAAGUGGAAGAGCAUCGUUAUCCGAGAGCUGGCACAAAUAAUGCUGUUGGUGACUUGCAACUGGUGGAAUUCAUACCUCGAUAUGAUAAUGGUGAUAGCGAGAUAGCAGCAUUCGGUCCUGUGCAUAAACGUUUAUGGGGGAAAGCAUCUCUAGAGAAAAAGUUUCCUUGGCUGGAAUAUAUUGUCAGAUUUGGGUGGUGUCCUGAUGGGAAAAGCAUAUGGGCGCAAUUACUGGACCGGGCACAAAAACGCACAGCCGUUGUGAAAAUACCCGUAACGAAUUUCAUGACUUCAAUGGAAUAUGAAGUUUGUGGUGACAGAGCAGAUAAGGAAGACAUAGAAAUAGUCUUUCAAGAGGAGAGCGAUAUUUGGAUAAAUGUAACAGACAUAUGUUACUUUUUCCCCCAUGUCCAUACUCUCCCAGCAAAUAGUUCUUGUGACUCACCCACCAAACUUUUAAUAACGUCCGAACGCACUGGCUAUCGACAUCUUUUUUUCAUAACGAGACCCACACCGUCAUCAUCAUACAAUCUACGCCAGAUAACUUCAGGUGACUGGCCGGUGGUCGAUCGUCCAAUAUUUGUGGAUCCUGUACGCGAGCUAGUCUACUUUACUGCCAAGAAGGACACAUUUCUUGAAACGCACUUGUACGUUGCCAGUUUCUCACCGUCAGCGAAUCCGACAGCUGUAGUACGUCUAACGGAAUUGGGUUAUAGUCAUGUUGUUAUCAUGGAUGAAAAGUGUGAGAAAUUUUUAGAUUGGUUCUCGAGUACAGAGGAAAAGCCGAGGUGCAUGGUGAGAUAUUUGGAAUGGCGAAAAGGAAAUAUAUUUCCAAACGUUAGUGAACGAGUCGGAGUCAGCAUUGGAUACGGACUUGCAGAAGACGAUGAGAAGGAUGACGGAAGGGAGGAAGAGAAAAAGGUGCCAGCGGGAGAGUUUUUUGAAUUUGUAAAUAGUGACGGUGUUACCAUACAUGGUUGUUUAUAUCGACCUGAAAAUUAUGUGCCCGGGAAGAUAUAUCCUACUUUGCUAAACAUUUACGGCGGGCCAAAAUCACAGAUGGUGACAAACGACUACAAGUAUCCACGUUUUCUCCGUCUGUUCCUUGCGAGUAAACUUGGGUUCUGCGUGGUUUUAAUCGAUGGGCGUGGAUCAUCCGACCGUGGCAUCGCAUUUGAAGCUCAUCUCAGGAACCGCAUGGGUACAGUGGAACUGGAAGAUCAGAUUGCUGGAUUACGAUAUCUCUCUUCUCGUAAGAUGGGAGUUGAUUUGACGCGAGUGGCUAUAACGGGAUGGAGUUAUGGAGGAUAUUUGAGUCUGAUGGCUCUCGCACAGCAUCCCGAUGUUUUUAAAUUAGCUAUCGCGGGAGCGCCAGUGUCACAGUGGGAGUUGUACGAUACUGCUUAUACUGAGAGAUAUAUGGGAUUGCCAAGUGACAACGUUGAAGGAUAUCGAAGAGGAAGUGUGUUGUAUUGGGCUGAUAACUUUCCCGACAGUGAGAAUCGAUUGCUUAUUGCCCAUGGCCAGAUAGAUGAAAACGUGCAUUUUGAACAUUCAGAACGAUUGGUCGCAGCACUUGUCAAAUACAACAAGCCUCACGUACUUCAACCGUACCCCAAUGAGCGGCACGGACUACGACAUGCGAAUGUGGCUGAGCAUUUUGAGACACUGAUGUUUUUCUGGCUCAUGAAUUAUUUAUGA